AUGACCACAUCCAGCAGGCAGAGCUCUUCUACGUCUAUGGUCAACAACUUGGCCAGAAUAUUUGAUCCAAAUGCUUUGCAAAACCAAGGGCCUGAUAAUGGAAUGGAACCCCCCCAAAUUCUUCGUGUUGCAGGCAGUGAUGUCAGCACAUCUGAAAGUUUUAACAUCAUGGAUAUGAAGUUUGCCUCCCUCGAACAGAAAAUAGAUAAGCUGUUCACUCUGCAAGACAAUGUCCUUAAGAAGCUUAACAGUGUUUCCCAAGAUGUCUGUUGCAUUGAAAAAGACAUGGAGAUCGUAAAGGCAGAAACAUCUGAACCUGGAUCAAGGAUGGAAAGAAAUAAAGAUCUGAGAAGCAGUGAAAUGAAGAGGCUUUGCCUUAAAAUGGAAAAAUCUCUUUCUGAUAUAAACAGGAAUGCAGAGCGGCAGGUUAAAAGACUAGAUGGACUGGAACAAAGCGUUUCUGGAAUACAGAAGCUCGUAGGGUCUCUGGUUGAGAAGGUUAAAACAUUAGUAAUUCAUAAUUCAAGUGUAAAACACCAUGUUCAAAAACGUAAACUUUGCAAGGCAGGUGUUUAUACAAAAGAAGCUGGACAUCUCUUUAGGAUGCACGUUUUCUCGGAGGCAACAGCUGAAGCCCUGCUCAAGAAGAAGAGUGACAAGGUCAUCAAAGAAAAGUCGCAUUUGAAUGAGAUGGGAACAAAAGUGAAGAAGCCACCAGAUUCAACAGAGGGGGCCAUCCAGAAGAGCCAGUUCUGCUCUCAGGAAGAGGUUGAAAAGCUCAACAAGGAAAAUGCUGAGAGGGAAAGUUCUGUUCUGCUUCAGACGGAUCCUCCCAAAUUUCAUACUGAAGGGCCAGAGGAGAAAGGAGGAAAUUUGGCUUCUGAAAGCUAUUACAAAUACAGGAGAAGCUCUGUUCAGAAAUCCUUCCCUACAGAAAAGCAGCAAGAAGGUGCUGUUGAUGAUACUUGUCAAAGGAUAACUGGGCAGGAGAUAGAGAGUGAGUGCCCAGCAGAUGAGGAGAGGAAGGAGGAACAUCAGGUGUCUGGAGGUGCAAGACAAGAGAAGAAGAAGAAUGAAAGGGAGGGAAAUGCUGAUAAGAGUGAGAAAGAAGUUGAGGAACCACCAGCUCCUUCCCAAAAGAAAGAUGAGGCAGGCCAAAGCCGUGAUCAAGAGGCACCAGAGGGAAGGUGUAAAGGCUGCGAAAAAGAUGAUAGUCUUACUCCACCAGCACCGUUUGAUCACCGGAUUGUCUCAGCCAAAAGGGUGGGGAUCAGCAGUUAUUACAACGUCAGUGAGAACGAAAUCCUGGGAGGAGGGCGAUUUGGCCAAGUGCACAAAUGUGAAGAGAAAGCAACAGGUCUCAAACUAGCAGCCAAAAUUAUAAAAGCGAAAGGUCCUAAACAGAAGGAUGAAGUAAAGAAUGAAAUCAAUGUCAUGAACCAGCUGAAUCACGUAAACCUCAUCCAGCUGUAUGAUGCCUUUGAAUCAAAAAAUGACAUUGUCCUAGUCAUGGAAUACGUGGAAGGGGGAGAGUUAUUUGACCGAAUUAUUGAUGAAAACUGCAAUUUGACAGAGAUGGAUACUAUCUUGUUCAUAAAGCAGAUCUGCGAGGGAAUUCAGUACAUGCACCAAAUGUACAUUCUUCAUUUGGAUCUCAAGCCUGAGAAUAUCCUGUGUGUGAACCGAGCAGCAAAUCAAAUAAAAAUUAUUGAUUUUGGAUUGGCAAGAAGGUAUAAACCCAGGGAGAAACUUCGAAUUAACUUUGGUACUCCAGAAUUUCUUGCUCCUGAAGUUGUGAAUUAUGAGUUUGUCUCCUUUCCUACAGACAUGUGGAGUGUAGGAGUCAUUGCUUAUAUGCUCCUCAGUGGAUUGUCUCCUUUUUUGGGUGAUGAUGACAAUGAGACCCUCAACAAUAUCCUGUCCUGUAGCUGGGAUUUUGAAGAUGAGGAAUUUCGAGGUGUUUCUGAUCAGGCUAAAGAUUUCAUCUCAAAGCUUCUCAUCAAGGAAAAAUGCUGGAGAAUAAGUGCAACUGCUGCCUUAAAACACCCAUGGUUAUCAGACCACAAGCUCCACUGCAGACUCCAGGUCCCUAAAUUUAAAUAUCCAUGUGCAUUGUAG